AUGAGGAAAAAUAUAAAAUCAGCAUCUUAUCAUCAAUAACAUGGAAUCAAAUUAGAAAUCAAGUAGAAGUCAUUAUCUAUAUAAUCAAUAUUAAAAAGAACUUAAUAAGAUAAUUUGAAUAAAAGUAUAGAAAUUACAAUGAGACAAUCUAUUAAAUCACUUAAGUAAUUUGUCAGUAAAUUGAUUGAAGAUUUAAAUUAAAUUGGUUAUAGUAAUCUAUCACUUGUAUAGUAAAAAUGAUUUAUUAUCUUAAAUUAUUUUGAAUUCCUAUUCAAAUUAAUAAAAAUAUAUAGGAACAUUUCUAAUUGUUUUUUUGACUGAAACUUAAUGUAACAUAAAUAUGUUUAACUAAUUGACAUUUUAAGUAAUAUUUGAUAAACGUUAAUUCUUUGUUAUACAAAAGUAUAAAUAAACUUGUUAUUCAAUUAAUAAAUAGAGAAUUCCAGAAUUUUUGAAAUUAUAUAUAUAGAAAAAUCUUGGUUCAAAUAAAAGAAUUAGAAAUAAAUAGGACGAUAUUUAAAUUAAAUGUUAAGAAAAUUUUAUCGAUUAAUAGCAAGUAAUACUAAGGAUAAGGAGUAUCAAUAAUUUUUAAAUGAAUUAAAAUUAAAGGAAAUAAAGGGUUUGUCUCUUCGAUAUUCAAGUGAAAUUAAGAAUUAAUUGUAGACAGAGAGAAGUGAGAAGAUUAAUAACAUUUAAUAGAAUGUAAAGGAAUAAUGGGAGAAUGCUCUAUUAAGAUUGGGAGACUAAAGAUAAAAGAAUAUUAGAAUUGUAAUUAAAUCUAUAGUCUAAAAUUGAUAUAGAAUAAAAUUUCAUGAGCAUCUCUAAUUAAAUUAAUAUAUUUUUAUUAGUUUAUUAAUUUUUGGAUUGCAUCAGGAAUUAGGGGAAAGAAUCUAUGAGAGUUUCAAAAAUAGAUUAUUAAUAUCUACUUAUUAAUAAUUGUUAUGAAUUUUAUUUAUUAAUUAUUUAUACUAUGUAAUAAGACGAUAGUUAAACAUAACUAGAGGUAACCAAACCAAAAAAUAAGGUUAAGAAAAGCAAAGAGAAAUUAAUAAUAAAUGUUUCUAGUACAAAUUAUCUAUAUAUCUUCUUAUAGGUUCUUAAUACCCUGUGAUUAGAUAUGUUGGUAAAAAGAUGUUAAAUUGGAAGAUUUAGAAAGAAGAGAAUGCAACCAAUUGGGAUGUAUGGUGGACUGAUGGAGCAGUCUUUUCUGAUCUUUUAGGGAGAAUGAAUGGUAAUUAAUCAAUAAAACUAUUUAGCCCAUUAAAAAGUUAAUCAUUUCCCUGGAAUGUAUACCUUAGCUCGUAAAAACCAUUUGGGAAGGAACCUCAUGAAGAUGCAUAAAUAGUUUCCUUAAGCAUAUAAUUACUUCCCUUACACUUGGUUAUUGCCAGCAGAAUUAAGUGAUUUUAGAGCAAAUAUUGGCAAGAAUAGAACCUUUAUUAUAAAACCUCAAGCUUCAUGUUAAGGGAAGGGAAUAAUGUUAGUUAAGGAUGCUGAAGGUCUUUCGAUUCAUGAACAUUAUGUUGCUUAAAGAUAUUUGAGCAAACCUUAUUUAAUUGAUGGUUUAAAGUUCGAUCUUAGAAUUUAUGUAUUAUUAGCUGGUUGUGAUCCUUUAAGAAUAUAUAUUUUUAAAGAAGGUUUAGCUAGAUUUGCAACUGAGUAAUACAAGAAACCUGGUAAAGAUAAUUUGGAUAAUAUUUGUAUGCAUUUAACAAAUUAUGCUGUUAAUAAGGAUAAUGAAAAUUUUGUAUUUAAUUAGAGUGAUAAAUAAAUGGAUGUUGGACAUAAGAGAAGUAUGACUAGUGUUUUUGAAUUGCUAAAAAGUAGAGGUGAGAAUGUUGAUUAAUUAUGGAAUACAAUUAAAAAAAUGAUGAUUAAGACAUUUUGUGCUGUAUAACCUAUUUUAGCUCAUUAAUAUAAAUCUUGUUAACCAAAUAAUCAUAUGAAUAAUAUGUGUUUUGAAGUUUUAGGUAUGGAUGUUAUAUUGGAUCAUAAAUUAAAACCUUAUUUAUUAGAAGUUAAUCAUUCACCUAGUUUUACAACUGAUACUCCAUUAGAUGCAACCAUAAAAAGAUAAUUGAUUUCAUAGUCUUUGAUUUUAAUGAAUUGUACUCAAAAGGCUAAAUAGGAAAUUAUAAAUUAAGAAAGAUAAAUACUUUAAUAAAGAAUGUUGACAAAUAAACCAACUAAAUUAACAUUAGAAGAAAAAUAAAAGUUAAUAAAAUAAUGUUAAGAAAUUAGAGAUUAAUAUGAAAAUUAGAAUAUUGGAAAUUUUGAAAAAGUCUAUCCUUUAGAAUAAUAUGAGGAAGAAUAUGAUAAAUUUAUAGAGUAUGCAGGAAUAUUAUAUUAAGAAUCUACAGGAGCAAGUAAAAUUAUAAAAUAUAAUUAGAUAUAAAAAAGAUAUAAUAAUAAUAAUAAUAAUAAUAAUAAUAAUAAUAAUAAUAAUAAUAAUAAUAAUAAUAAUCAUUUAAAAGAAUUGAAAAACCAGAAAUAAAAUCAGAAUAUACAUUAAGAACUUUAGAAUAAAAAUCAGAUACUAAAAUUUUAGAACAAAAAACAGAACUUAUUAGAUUAAAAAGUGAAAAAUCUUCAGGUAUGAAAAGAAUUUUAAAAAAAGAGCAUUCAACAACUCUUUUAGCUGAUGAUACUAUCAGAAACAUAAAAUUUACUGGUUUAAAACCUUAAUAAAAAGCUAUUUUAAAAUAAGAUAUUAUAAAGAAGAACUUCAAACUUCCUGUCAGUCAAGGUACUUUUAUAACACCUAAAUUAUUUAUGAUUAAUGAAAAUAAUAAAAAUAGCAAUAAUCCUUUUUGA